GAGACGCUUGGGUUUUGAGAGUGUGGCGGCGGUUUGGAAAUUGUGUAUUUUUAGGUGUCGAACGAGUUUCUGUGAACCGUGCUCCGUGGCAAACGCUAGAUUUCCUCCGAUCUCAGUUCAGCAGUGGCCAAGAUGGAUAAUCGUCGGAAACGAACGUCCAUGAUUGUAGCGGCCCCGGCUACUACGACGAGCAGCAACAGCGGUCUGAUAAUUGCCGCAGAAGCUGCUGCACCCGCGCCUACUAACGAUCCCGUGGCGGCGGUGGAACGCAAGAGACCGGGCCGUAAACCGGGGACUGCGAGCGUACGUAAACCAUCGCCUGGUCGUAAGGCCUCACCUGCUCGGAAAGCGUCCCCGGCUCGGAAAGCGUCCCCGGCACGUAAAGCAUCUCCGGCACGCCGUGCUUCACCGGGCCGCAAACCGAAGGCAACCAUAACGGCAACGGGUGUCGCCGUUGCACCACCACCGACCGUUGUACGCAAGCCGACGGUGGUAGCGGCGGAACCGAUCGAAAAGGUAUCUCCUGAGCUCAGGGAAGAACCACCACGUCGCUCGUCACGCAUCCGUGCAUCGGAGGAUAAGUCUGAUAAAGCGCUGCUGGGCAUCAAGAGCUCUCCUCCGAUCGACAAGCGGCUUUCGGUGAUCAUCGAUGAUGCGGAAGUGAGCGGUUACCUAGCCGGUAAGGGGUCACCGCGCAAGAGCGCCACUCCGAACACUAGCCAGCGAUCGAACGCGACCCCCACGACGACGGAACGCUCGCAGAUGUCCCGUUCGAUGAGUGCCCUGCAGGAGUACUCCGACAACGAGGACGAAAAUGACUUCCAGAGCUUCCGACGAACUGAGGCGGACAACAAUGGGCUCAGCAUGCGUACUACCGGAAUGGAAAGCCUUCGCCAGAAGCUGGAACCGGUCGAGUUCGGUGGCCCGUUUUCGGCCCUGUUGCUUACCCUUGCCAUUCCGCUGUUCAUGUUUGCCACCAAUCACUUCUGUUCCGGUGCGGCACACCGUGACUGUCGCUUCGUUCUGCCGAAGAACUGGAACGAGUUUCGCUCGCUGUCGACGUACGUUAACCGUGAGAUUGCAACGUUCUACGGGCUCUACCUAUUCGGUGUCGCACUGCUAACGGCCCUUCCGAUCGGCCGUGUAGUGCGGCUAGCUCACGAAACUCGCCAGGAUCGUACCUACACCUUCAACGGCAUAGUCGUGGCUGUUGGCACUGGAUUGGCUGUGUUUGUGGCUGAAUACUGCUACAAAUUCCCGCUGCUGUCCAUCGUAAGCCGUGGUUACAAUCAGCUGCUGGUGCUCAGCAUUGUCGCCGCUCUUGUCGCAUCAGUUGUGGCCUUCCUUAGAGCCCGGUACGCCGAACCGCAGCAGAAGAAUCACUACGCCUGCACUGGUAGUGUGCUGUACGAUCUGUAUGCUGGCCGCGACGUUAACCCGAAACUGCUGAACGUCUUUAAUUUGAAGCUCAUCACCUACCAUGCAUCCAUUGUGCUCGCUCUGCUCUUCAACGGCAUCAUCCUGUACCGUAAUCUGCACUUUGCCGCCUUGCCCGAGACCCUAGCCGAAGCUCCGCUCCAGGACCGUCUGUUGUAUGCAGUGCGUAAUGUAUCAGGAGAACCAGUUCCACUUGUUGCUGCCGGCUUGGCCGUUCUCUACCUGCUCGAUCUGCUCAUCUAUGAGCAUCACAUGGCGGCUUCGUUCGAGCUGCAACAGGAAGGCUACGGUACCCAGUUCCUUCUGCGUCAAGCCGUUUUUCCGUUCAUUCUAACACUGCUACCGAAGUACGUGGCCGCGCACAAGCUAACCGAGGUACCACUGUGGGCACUGGCUCUAUGCACCAUCGUUGCGCUCACCGGACUGAUCCUGAAGCGAUCCGCCCAGCGGAUAAAGUAUCUCUAUCGAUUGGAUCCGCUCGGAAAGAAGGUUGUCGGUCUCGAAACGUACCCAACUUACCAGGGCCGUCGGUUAUUGGUUACCCACGCGUGGCGCUACGUCCGUCAACCGAACUACGUCGGUGAGAUCCUGCAAUCGGUGGCCUUGCUGCCUCUGCUGUACUGGCGCUUCGCUAUACCGCCACUGCUUGCUGCCCUGUUCACCGUGGCCAUUCUGGUGCACCGAGCCAAGCGACUCAGUGCGCGUAACAACGCAAUGUACGACUCUCCCUGGAACCGCUACUGUAACACCGUCCCAUAUCUGCUGGUGCCACGCGUAUUUUAAGCUAUGCGCGGUUCGAUUUUUUCCGUUUUUCAGGUUUGUACAGCAGCCAAUUCUCCUUUGUCCCCACUUUAGUCCUUUUUAAAACACUUUCAAUCCUCUGUUCAACUGUCUUGUUUUCCUGUAGUCCUUCCCAUCCCAACCCGCAUGGAAAUAUCAUAUCUAAGCUUGCCUUUGGUUUAAUGCAAUCCCUCGUCCAUCUUUUCCCAAUUAAUUUGCUUGUGUGAAAUCUUCGCUAGGAUUAGUAUUGUUCGCUAGUAAACUUUGCGUACUUUAAGAAGGGGGUUCGAAAAGUCUAUUGGUAGUAGUAACUGAACAAUGAUCGUGGUACAAAACAAAAACAAGGAAUCACAUUUCACGUCUCACGUACUACAGUCCGUUGUGUGGUAAUGAUUUCCUUUGGAAACUAAUGUUCAAACUGAACCUUUUGGUAAUGCCAUAGAAAGAGAGAUUUGCAAUUACCAGUUGUGCGAUGUAGUAACAGCAGCGCAACUGCUACAUCACUGGGUCGUUCGAUUUGCGUGCAUCUUUAGUGAACCAACGUCCAUUGCUAUUUGUCGAAUAUCCAUUAUGCCCGCCCUAUCGUCAACAAUUAGCUCUCUGUUCUGGUAUAAAAUAGCGUAUGAGGCGAAUGUGAGGUGACACUCUAACGCUACACAGGUGACACACAAUCAACUGAGGCACGUAAUGUAAUGAUUAAAAUGUAAAUUUUUAAUAUAAAGAAGAAAAAAAUCAGUUCAAUCAGUCAAAAAAGACUGAAACACAGAGCAAGAGAUUAAUUGAACAAACAUGGUUUUCUUUUAUCGAGAUGAUGAUCAAUCGCGUCAACAAAAGCAUCCCUUACUACACCCCUUGUGUACUGCUCACGGAUGAGACGUUAGCUUGUAAGUAGAGACAAAUGAUUAGAGGUUAAGUUUUAAAUAAAAAAAGGGAAAAUAAAAUAAUUUGUCUACACAAG